UACUUCACACGCACAUCACACACGCACACCCCCACAAUACCCUUGUGCCUUGUUUAUCCCAUUCCUUCCUCCUCUCAACUCUCUUCUUUCUCCACUUUUAACAAACAUCUCAAAAUUCUUGAUUUAUUUCUCCACCACUUUUGCUUUCCAUCACUGCAAAAUCACAGGUGAAGAAGAAGAAGCCCAAGAGUUUGAGACACAGAUUGUAAGGAUGUCUUCCCCAAGCAAGAGGCGUGAGAUGGACUUGAUGAAGCUGAUGAUGAGUGAUUUCAAAGUGGAGAUGAUCAAUGAUGGGAUGCAGGAAUUCUAUGUCCAUUUCCAUGGCCCCAACGAAAGUCCUUACCACGGAGGUGUAUGGAAAAUAAGGGUGGAGCUUCCGGAUGCUUAUCCAUACAAAUCUCCAUCCAUUGGAUUCAUUAACAAGAUCUAUCAUCCAAAUGUGGACGAAAUGUCAGGGUCGGUUUGCUUGGAUGUCAUCAACCAGACAUGGAGUCCUAUGUUUGACCUGGUGAAUGUUUUCGAGGUGUUCCUACCGCAGCUGCUUCUGUAUCCGAAUCCAUCAGACCCGUUGAAUGGGGAGGCUGCAGCGCUAAUGAUGCGUGACCGAGCUGCUUAUGAGCUGAAAGUAAAAGAAUACUGCCAGAAAUAUGCUAAGCCUGAGGACGUGGGGCAUGUCCCGGAAGAAGAGAAAUCAAGUGACGAGGAGAUGAGCGAAGAUGAAUACGAUUCCAGCGACGAAACAGGGGUGGUCGGGGCAGUGGACCCGUAACAUGGUCCAUCCAUCGUAAUGUCUUCCUCACAGGCUGUAGUAUUUUCAAUUGCACAUAUUGAAAGGAAAAUGGUGAAAAGGAAAUGGUUGUGUCCAUCAAAAGAAUGAUUAUGAUUAUGAUUAUGAUUAUGAUUAUCAAGUAAUCCUACGAUUGAUUUCAUACUCUCUCUCUCUCUGUCUGUAUAAACUGGUGUAGUAAGUAGUAGUAGUAGUAGCUGUAUGUGAUUCUGCAUUAUUAAUGUAUGUCUUCCUAACUGACUUGACUUGA